GUCUUGUUUUGUUGACAGGCCAUGUUUUUGGAAACUCGUAGAUUCAGUGGCAAUAUCGGUUGUACAAUCAGAACAUGCCUUCCUUCAACAACCUCAUUGAGAAGGCAUUUCCAGCAUCUGUAUGCCAUCAUAAGGAAGUGUCAGGUUAAGGUCGUAUCUGUUUGCCAAAGAAAGGAGUAUGGACCUACUCGAAGUGUUGUUCGUAGACUUGGCACAAUUCUUUCUUUAGAGCCUUGCCCGAGACCUUAUUUUCAACUUGUUCAAGAGCUAAGUCCAUCGGAUUAUGAUGAACAAAGCGCAGCUCCGGCUCCUGUAGUUCCGUCACUUGGUGAUGUCCUGUGGGUGGCAAGUGAUGAGGGACAAGCAUUUACUAGAUUUAGGACUGAAUUAUGGAGAAAAGAAAAAAGUACAGUUCACCAUGACCUACAUCCAUCUAUAGUUUGCAUAUCAAGUGUUCCAAAAAACACUACACAAAAAGACAGUCUUCUUGAUCAAGAAGCACUCCAGAAGAUUUCUGCACUUGAAGAUGAGUUAACCUUUCUUCGUGCUCAAAUUGCUGCGAUUGUUGCUGCACAGACAUUGGGAAACAUUCCAUCACAAUUACAUCCAGAAACCUUUAAAACAUUCAGCACCCCAGAUGGAUCUUACCCAGUGCCAGCAAUGACUUCUACGCCCUUGUCCGUCUCUCACAAUCACUUUGUAAUUCCUUCACCUCCUCCACUUCCCUCUGGUGCACCAUCUGGUGCAGAUGCUAGUAAUUCAGCAAUUGAACUUAUAAAACAACGUCGUGCUGCAAGAAAGAGUGGUUCAACUACAGCUGAUAGUGCUGAUCACCAGAGGACAAAGAACGUUCCUAGUAUGAUGGAUGUUUUGAAAGACCUAAACAAGGUUCAGCUGAGAGCUAUUGAGAGGUCACCUGGAGGUACCCCUCUUUCUAGACCCAGAAGAAGGCAGAGUUCAGAUUGGGAUCCAGUUGCUUUACUAACUCAUGCACUAAAGCAGAAAUUUGCGCAUAAAAAUGAAGAAGAUGAUUCACUGGACAAAGAAAAUCGAUCCUUCGAUAGCUCCCCGUUUUCUAGUCCAGAGAUCUCUUUGGUUGGACGUUGCAGUCUGAAGCCCGAUGCAAAAUCUAGCCUCAUAAGAACAGAUGAAGUUAAACAGAGAGCAAUGUGGAAAACGAGAGCUCAUAUUUAAUUGGUGGAGACUUCUGAGGAAAGAAUAUAGUAUGUGUAUUUUUAAGUGGCAGGUCCACUUUGUGAAACUGCUGUAAUCUGUGCUAGAAUAUGUUUCUCCUAUGCUGGUGAAGCUAGGAUUUGUAAAAUUACCUUUUCCUCAGUUUCCCAGGAGUCAAACUUGUGAACGUGAUGCUUUUAUGAAAAGCAUGCAACCAGAAAAGGGGAUUUAUUGCUAUGGAGCAGCGUGUUUGAAACCUGGGAAAUGCAGAAAGCAGUGUGUAUGAAAGAGAAGUAAUUUUUGGUGUGGCAGUGGAGGUGUGCAUUGUGUCUGCACUUCAGUGUAGAUAAUGAAGAAAUGUAAACUUUUUGUUAGAGCAUAUUCUGUAUAACUGAGUGUAUAUAGUUAAUGGUAAUUAAUACCGCUGGUUCAUUAGGGUGGUACAGUUUCCUUAGUUUUCUUUUCAGUUUGCUAAUGCAACUCCAUAUCCCAUGUGCAAGCGAUAUUCUAAUAUCUUAUUCUGGGUCAGUAGAAAACCUUUCAUGUUCAUGAAACUCUGUCUUCCUUUAAGUCACUGGCAGGCUGUCUAUUAAACGCCUAUAAUAGAGAGUUGUGUUUUGAGGCAAAAAAAUAAGAACUUGGAGGAAGAUUUGCUAGCACAAACAGUCUAAAUUCCAUAUAUAAAUCAACAUUAACUGCACUGUGGCCUCUGAGUAUCAAGUCUAUAUUUUGUUCACAGAGUUUAUAACUUUAUAAAAUAAAUUUUCCUUUGUAUCAUG